AUGUCCAAGCCUAGCCAAUACCUCCUUCUCUCCCUUCCGACCUCCAUCGUCCCCUCGCACCACCGCGACGACGCCCUUCAGGCCGUGUCAUCCACCAUCUCCCCCGACAAUGCCUCCGCUGCCCCCUUCCCCAUCCCAGAGUUCAAGAUAGGCACUCUAGACGGUCUUGUACAGCAGGCGGAUGAGCUUGCCAAACUCGAGUCAUCAUGCCAGGGUGUCGUUGCCAAGGUCGGCGAUGCAUUGAAGAAUAUCCUCAAUGGCGACGAGGUGCAGAUUGAGAGUAUGAAAGUUGUUAAUGAUAAACCUGUUGAUCACUACCUGCGGACUUUCUCGUGGAAUAAGGUCAAGUACCGUGCCGAUAAGCCACUGGCAGAGUUGAUUGAUCUGUUGCAAAAGGAAGCUGCCAGCAUCGACGGCGAUAUUCGCACCAAGUACUCGCAAUAUAACCAGGUCAAGACCAAUUUGGCCACUCUUCAGCGGAAACAAGCGUACGUCUCUCAAUACUGCCAGCGCAAUCCACAGCUAACUUGUCCCUACAGAGGAAACCUCUCUACCAAAUCUCUCGCCUCAGUCAUCGACCCCCGCUCCAUGGUCCAAGACUCCGAGUUCAUCGAAACCCACCUAAUCGCCGUGCCAUCACAGCUAGUCAAGGAUUUCCUGAAGACUUACGAGACUAUUGCGCCAAUGGUGGUGCCACGCUCUGCACAAUUGGUCGCCUCCGACAGCGAAUUCUCGCUGUACGCAGUUACUUCUUUCAAGAAGACCAGCGUGGAGUUCAUUCACAAAUGCCGCGAGCAAAAGUGGAUCCCGCGCGACUUCAAGUACGUUGAGGGUGGUAAGGAGGAUGAGGCGAAGGAGGUUGCACGUGUUGGUGGCGAUGAACGCAAGCUAUGGGGUGAGACGCUUCGUCUUGGGCGGACGGCCUACAGUGAAGCUGUUAUGGUUUGGGUGCACGUUCUUGUUCUCCGGGUAUUUGUUGAGACAGUGCUGCGGUAUGGUCUGCCGUUGGACUUUGUCUGCACUUUGAUUCGAACUCCAUCAUCCAAGCAGGCUGAUCGCGCUAAGAAAAACCUCGAGGACAAGUACUCCUACCUCGCUGGUAAUGCAUUCGGGCGCGACAAGAAGGGCCGCGUCAAGCGAGAUGACCCGAAUGAGAUGCACGGCGCUAGCGAGGGCACCUCAGACUACACACCAUAUGUGAUCUACGAAUUCGAGUUCAACUAA